AUGCCCCGACCUCCUCUGCGUCCCAGGGCGCGUCAAAACGAACACCCCAACCCCGCCGCGUCUGCUCCCCAACAACCCUCGCCCCUCGCAGCCCCGCUUCCAACAAACAAGCAACAUGAUUCCCUCAUGAGAGACGAAGACCACGACUCAUCAAACCUAACCGAGACCGACCGCCCGUCCCUCCCGUUAUAUAACACGACCUUCCAUACAUACCGCGUCUCGCCCCUUCACAUUGGAAACGAGCCUCUCACCACCGCCCGCCUCUCCCGCCUCUCUCACGGCCUACGCGAUGCACUUGUUGGUGACGUAGUGCGCGGAGUCCAGGUACGCCUCCCCGCCGAGGAUGCCUCAGACGACCAACGAUACGGCUCCCUUGUGCUUGUCACAAUGAUGUGGGUCGAGGUGUUUGACGGAAACAACGGCCUCUUGUUGACACUUCAGUAUGAGGCUGCCGAGUGUCACGCCCUCCUCCUCCCGGGGGAAGAGGGCGUCGAUCCGUUAUCGAUGGCUUCAGCGCAGCUGCCCCUGCUUCUCAUUCGCAUGCCGCCGGCACUGAGGCUUGCUGUGAUUAAAUUUCUAGAGAGUGAAUUCGACUGCCGAAUCAGCCCGCUUGCACUGCGGGGAAGCAAUCUCGUUGAGGCGUGGGAAAACUGGGCGGAUCAAAUCGGCUUGCAGAGCUCGUCGCCUUCGGCCAUGCUAUCCAAAGAUCUUGUUUUGACGUUGGGCUUUCGAUUGCCUGCUGCCACGGAAAAGUCCGUGAUUGGGCUCAAGUCAAUUGAUGUGAUAGUUCCAGCCUCAGAUCUACGCCAGUUUGUGGGUGAGGGGCGGAAACAGGUUCAGCGCACGAACCAAGAGCGACCAUUUACCGCAGCUCUCAAGAGCUAUCUACAGGCUCACAUUGCUCUCGACAUGGAUCACCCUGCUGUGCUGCUUACAAAGGUGGCCUGCGGUGGAUUUGUCAUCUCGGAGGGUCGGCUCAAGUUGUUUGAGCCGCCUGUACCUGACAACGAAAUCAGCGAGGCUAGAUCAAAGGAGACCGAGGCUGUCGAUCAGCUACUUCAAAAGUUGUGUGCACAAUCUCGCGCCAACCGAAAGACAUUGGAUGUCCACAGCUAG